CGUUGACAAAACCAUUUGGAACUGCUUUCUACUAAUCGUAAACGAGCCGAUGCUGAAAGUAAUUGGGUUUUGGUUUUGUUUGUUUUUUUACUAAAGUUGACUCAUUUAUCCGGGUCGAAAAGUGGGAGUGACUGUGACUGCAGAGCUGGAAGAAAUAUCUCUCUAUUUUAAACAACUAUUUUCGUCUAGGCUGCUGCCGACUGACGCCAGACGACAGGAUGCCUUCACUGACUCUUAGGGGAGUGACUGUGAAUUUCCCUUUUUCUCCAUACGAAUCUCAGAAGGCAUACAUGAACAAAGUAAUCGAAUGUCUUCAGGAGAAAGUCAAUGGGGUUCUGGAGAGCCCCACAGGCACAGGUAAGACUUUGUGCCUGCUGUGCGCCACCCUGGCCUGGAGGGAGAACUUCAAGGACACCAUGUCUACCUGUAUGAUGCCAGAGACGCUGGGCCAGGAGAUGUUUCCAAACACACCUCUGUCUUCCUGGGGGACAGCUCACGGUGACAAACCAACCUACUACACUGAUGUCCCCAAGAUCAUAUACGCAACGAGGACACAUUCUCAGCUUACACAGGUUAUUAAUGAGUUAAAGAACACUUCAUACAGCCCAAAGGUGUGUGUGCUGGGCUCAAGAGAGCAGUUGUGUAUUAAUCAGGACGUCAUGUGUCAGAAGAGCAACCACGUCAAAGUUCUGGUUGGUGUGGGCCUUCAGUGUGCAUUAGAUCUCAGGAACACAAGCACUACUAUCGCCCGCUCUGCUUCAAGACAGUGGAGUUUUAUUAUAUCUGAGAGCAAGAUGAGAUCCUCAUUUUUGUCAAAGCAGCUCAAUGAAACCAACGGCCACCACAUCAGCCCCUUUACAUGA